UCUCCGUUCUAAAUUCCUCUGUUGCAGCUUUUCUUUUCUCCCUCGAUUUUCCCGGCGAAGCGACGGAAAUGAACCGAUCACUUGUUACAAUUCUGCCUUUCUAGAUCUGCUCGUCUGUUUUGUAGAAUCAGUUUUAACAGGAAGUAGUAAGUUAUGGCGUUGGUCAGAAACAGUCGGAUGGACAAUAGAAGGUACUUGUCGGGUUAUUGCUCGACAGGUUCGAUCGUUGUGUUCGUGGCAUUAGGCUUAGUUGGUGUGUGGAUGAUGACUUCACAAUCUUCAGUGGGCGUUACAACAUUCGAUGAACAAUCUCUUGAGAAGAAAGGUGAAGCGAAGGAGCAGGUUACUCCAUCUACCAAGGAUAGCCGAGGCGAUUUACCUGGUGAUGCGGCCAAAGGAGGCAGAAAGGCCGAUGAGAUACAGGACAAAACGAGUAAAAAUGAAGAUUCUGGAACAGAGGAGACAAAUACCGAGGAUGAUGAUGGUAAUUCUGAUGACAAAGAAAGUAAUCGGGUGAAGCCAGGUAAUAAGUCUAAUGACAUAUUACCUUCAGGUGCGCAGUCCGAGCUUCUAAAUGAAACGGCGUCCGCAAAUGGUUCGUUCCCUACUCAGGCAACAGAGUCCAAGAAUGAAAAGGAUGCUCAGCUAUCUUCUUAUACCAAAAAAGACUACAGUUGGAAGCUCUGCAAUACCACUGCAGGGCCUGAUUUCAUCCCAUGCCUUGAUAAUUUGCUGGCAGUAAAAAGUCUUCGCUCCAACAUGCAUUACGAACAUCGAGAGAGGCACUGCCCUCAAGAGCCACCCAUGUGUCUCGUUCCCCUUCCCCAGGGGUACAAACGCUCAAUUCGAUGGCCAAACAGCAGAGAAAAGAUAUGGUAUAACAACGUUCCCCAGACCCAGCUCGCUGAAUACAAGAAGAGCCAAAACUGGGUCAAAGUUAGUGGCGAAUACCUGAUUUUUCCUGGUGGUGGAACUCAGUUUAAGCACGGUGCUAGUCAUUACAUUGAUUUCAUCCAGAGCUCUGUACCUGAAAUUGCUUGGGGAAAACGAACGCGUGUUAUAUUGGAUGUCGGAUGUGGAGUUGCUAGCUUCGGAGGUUUUCUUUUCGACAAGGAUGUGGUUACAAUGUCGUUAGCUCCUAAAGAUGAGCAUGAAGCUCAGGUGCAGUUCGCCCUUGAAAGAGGCCUCCCUGCCAUUUCUGCUGUCAUGGGCACUCAGAGGCUUCCUUUCCCCGGCAGAGUUUUUGACUUAGUCCAUUGUGCGCGGUGUAGAGUACCGUGGCACAUAGAAGGUGGUAAACUUCUCUUGGAGCUGAACCGGGUGUUACGGCCUGGAGGUUUUUUCGUGUGGUCAGCUACACCUGUUUAUCAGAAUCUUCCAGAAGAUGUUGAAAUCUGGAAAGCCAUGAGUAAACUAACGAAGGACAUGUGCUGGGAACUUGUAUCCAUCAAAAAGGAUGACCGCAAUGGCGUUUCUAUAGCAACCUUCAGGAAGCCUACUUCGAAUGACUGCUACCAGAGCAGAUCACAGCAAGAACCUCCUCUUUGCUCUCCGUCUGAUGAUCCAAACGCAGCAUGGCAGGUGCCUCUUCAAGCGUGCAUGCACAAAGUGCCGGAGGACAAAACAGAACGUGGAUCUCAGUGGCCCGAGCAGUGGCCUGCCAGAAUGGAGAAACCUCCUUACUGGUUGUUGGGUUCCCAAGUAGGAGUUUUCAGUAAACCGGGUCCGGAAGAUUUCACUGCAGAUUAUGAACACUGGAAACGGGUCGUGACUGAGUCAUACCUGAAUGGACUCGGAAUCGAUUGGUCAUCUAUCAGAAAUGUCAUGGACAUGCAAGCUUUCUAUGGAGGAUUUGCGGCAGCGCUUAGAGACCUAGACGUGUGGGUCAUGAAUGUGGUUCCAAUAGACUCGGCGGAUACACUUCCCAUUAUAUACGAACGUGGUCUCUUUGGAAUUUAUCACGACUGGUGUGAAUCAUUCAGUACAUAUCCCCGUACUUACGACCUCGUCCAUGCUGACCAUAUUUUCUCUGCGAUAAAAAAUAGAUGCAAUUUUGUGGCGGUGCUCGCGGAAGUGGAUCGAAUGCUGAGGCCUGACGGGAAUCUGAUCGUUCGGGACAACGUGGAAACGAUCAAUGAGCUCGAGGCUCUGGUGAGGUCCAUGAACUGGGAGGUACGAAUGACUUACUCUAUGGACGAGGAGGGUUUGCUGUGUGUUCAGAAGACAUUUUGGCGACCCACGGAUUCCGUACAACUACCAUAUGCCACCAUUUGAAAACCCAUUUUGAACUUCGUGUCGGAAUGCCAUUUUUUUGUACCAAAUGAAUAAUAGUAACAAUGGUCCUCAAGUGUUCUAUUGAUCCAACAAACAA